AUGCAAGCCCCAGUCGUUGUGAUGAACACCUCUGCUCAAGAGAGGACUUCUGGCCGUCAAGCCCAGGUGUCCAAUAUUACUGCUGCUAAGGCUGUUUCCGAUAUCAUUAGAACUUGUCUUGGUCCCAAGGCAAUGUUGAAAAUGUUAUUGGACCCAAUGGGUGGUCUGGUGUUGACUAACGACGGUCAUGCUAUUCUAAGAGAAAUUGAUGUGGCUCACCCAGCUGCUAAGUCAAUGUUGGAACUAUCAAGGACACAGGAUGAAGAAGUAGGUGACGGUACCACCUCCGUCAUUAUCUUAGCUGGUGAGAUCUUGGCUCAAUGCGCACCAUAUUUGAUUGAAAAAAACAUUCACCCAGUCAUCAUUAUACAAGCUUUGAAACUGGCUCUGAAUGAUGCAUUAGAAAUUAUCAAUCAAGUCUCUAAACCUGUUGAUGUCGAUAACGACGCCGCUAUGCUACAAUUGAUCCAAGCCUCUAUAGGCACCAAAUACGUCAAAUUAUGGUCUGAAAAAAUGUGCCAGUUGGCUUUGACAGCAGUAAGAAUGGUUCAUGAUGAUCGUGGAGACAUAGAUAUCAAAAGAUAUGUUAGAAUUGAAAAGAUUCCAGGCGGUGAGGUUAUGGAUUCUCAUGUCCUAAACGGGGUUAUGUUAAAUAAGGAUGUCGUACAUCCAAAGAUGUCUCGUUAUGUAGAAAAACCUCGUGUCAUUUUAUUGGAUUGUCCAUUGGAAUAUAAAAAGGGGGAGUCCCAGACUAAUAUCGAAAUCACAAAGGAGGAGGAUUGGAACAGAAUCCUACAGAUCGAAGAGGAACAAGUACAAAGCAUGUGUGAGCAAAUUUUGCAAUUUAACCCUGAUUUGGUGAUCACUGAAAAGGGAGUCUCAGAUUUGGCUCAACAUUUCCUCCUAAAAGGCGGUUGUAGUGUUUUAAGACGUGUUAAAAAGACUGACAAUAACAGAAUCUCUCGCGUAACUGGCGCCACUAUAAUAAAUCGUGUUGAAGAUUUAAAAGAUACUGAUGUUGGUACUAAAUGUGGUGUAUUUAAAGUUGAAUUGAUAGGGGAUGAAUACUACACUUUCUUAGAUGAAUGUGAGGAUCCAAAGGCUUGUACAAUCAUGUUGCGUGGUGGUUCAAAAGAUAUCUUAAAUGAAAUUGAACGUAAUUUACAAGAUGCAAUGGCCGUGACUCGUAAUGUCAUGCUUUCUCCAUCUUUAUCACCUGGUGGUGGUGCUACUGAGAUGGCUGUCUCUGUUAAAUUAGCCGAAAGAUCAAAACAAUUAGAAGGUAUUCAACAAUGGCCAUAUCAAGCUGUUGCUGACGCAAUGGAAUCUAUACCAAGAACUUUGAUCCAAAAUGCUGGUGGAGAUCCAAUUAGAAUUCUUUCCCAACUAAGAGCUAAGCACUCACAAGGCUAUCAUACCAUGGGUAUUGAUGGUGAUCAAGGUAAAAUUACUGAUAUGGUUGAAUAUGGUAUUUGGGAACCAGAAGUUAUCAAACAACAAUCUAUUAAAACUGCUAUUGAAAGUGCAUGUCUUCUUUUAAGAGUAGAUGAUAUUGUAAGUGGUGUUAGAAAACAAGAUUAA